CUGAUCUAUGAGGAGACCAGAGGUGUACUGAAGGUAUUCCUCGAGAACGUGAUCCGAGACGCCGUCACUUACACCGAGCACGCCAAGAGGAAGACUGUCACCGCCAUGGAUGUGGUCUACGCUCUCAAACGUCAGGGACGCACUCUGUACGGCUUCGGCGGUUAA